AUGGUGCGAAAGAGAUUGCUGAUGCUGUUGAAGCCAUUUGAUGUGUACCCUUCUCAUGGGUCGUCCUCUGUUGACUCCGUCUCCUCCAACCGCCGCAAGGUAUUAAAAUACUUACACGACAGGACAUUAGCCCACAAGCACGCCAUUAACUUGCUCCAGAACAUUCUGGAGAAAAAAGCUGUCGACUGGAAGGCUUUCUUCCGUAGUGAUCUAUCUGAGCCCAUCCAUGAUGUCGAUUUUGUAGUCUCGGUUGGAGGUGAUGGCACGUUAUUACAAGCAAGCCAUUUAAUGGAUGACAAGAUUCCGGUACUAGGAGUCAAUUCUGAUCCCACUCGACCGGAAGAGGUGGCGGAACUAAGCGAGGAAUUUGAUGCCACGAGAAGCACAGGCUAUCUUUGUGCUGCCACUGUCGAUAACUUUGAACAUAUGUUAGAUGGGAUCCUUGAGAAUCGAUCAGAACCUUCUGAACUAGCAAGGAUGGCUAUUACCAUAAACUCGAAACCCAUUUCGACUUUGGCUCUAAACGAUAUUCUACUUGCGCAUCCAUGCCCCGCAACAGUUUCUAGAUUCUCAUUCAGGAUCAAGAAAAACGGGGAGCCUUUCUCAUCCUUACAGCACAGUAGAUCAAGCGGUUUAAGGGUCUCAACGGCCGCUGGAUCAACGGCUGCAAUCCACUCGUGUGGUGGAUCAAUAAUGCCGAUUUUGUCGAAGGAUCUUCAGUACAUGGUGAGGGAGCCAAUUUCUCCAGGGGCGAAUAAACAUUCAGUGCAUGGGUUUGUUAAGUCGAACGAAAGUAUGGACAUCUCGUGGUUUUGUAGGAAAGGUCUGUUGUACAUUGAUGGGUCUCAUGUGGUGCACUCUGUGCAGCUUGGGGAUACUAUAGAACUGUCCACAAAGGGCCCGCCGUUGAAAGUAUAUUUGUCAAAUCAUUUGUUAUCACAAUGCAAGAAUGAAUGA